GACCUUCACAUCCAGCACGGAGUAUUCGGUACUGUUCAGUCCUGGAAGUGGCUAAUGGAUGUGGCUAAUUAUUUUCCAUUCCAACUUUAGAGCCACAAACCUUGUCAAGUUCUUUUUUUUAUUAUUUUCCCAAAGGCUGUUCUCACUAGUGGUAGCGUGUUGUCGCCUCUGCGAGCUGUCCGGUGGCUCUCCAAAAACCUUCCAGCUGGACAGAGAUGAGCAGUCCCGAUGCGGGUUACGCCAGCGACGAUCAGACCCAGGCAAGGUGUACGAUGUCAGUCAUGAUGCCUGGAAUGGGACACUGCCAGUGGGCCGACCCUCUCAGUCCUCUUGGGGACACCAAAGUGAAAAACGAGCCGUGCGCCUCCAGCUCCUCCACCCAGAAUCGCGGGAAGAGCGAACCGCGGAUCCGACGGCCCAUGAACGCGUUUAUGGUUUGGGCGAAGGAUGAGCGCAAGAGACUUGCGCAGCAAAACCCGGACCUGCACAACGCGGAGCUGAGUAAAAUGUUGGGGAAAUCGUGGAAAGCCCUUCCUGUAACAGAAAAGCAGCCCUUCGUGGAGGAGGCCGAGCGACUGCGGGUUCAGCACAUGCAGGAUCACCCCAACUACAAGUACCGGCCCCGGCGGCGGAAGCAGGUGAAGAGGAUUAAGAGGCUGGACUCUGGCUUUCUGGUCCAUGGCGUGUCUGACCACCAGGCCCAGUCGAUGCACGGGGACAGCAGAGUGUGCAUGGAGAGUCUGGGCCUGGGCUACCAGGAGCAUGGCUUCCAGCUUCCCGCACAGCCGCUGAGCCACUACCGGGAUGCUCAGGCUCUCGGGGGCCCCUCUUAUGAAACCUACAGCCUGCCUACACCUGACACGUCUCCUCUGGACGCUGUAGAGUCAGACUCCAUGUUCUUCCCUCCGCAUUCACAAGAAGACUGCCACAUGAUACCCGCAUAUGCUUACCACUCCCAGGCGGCAGAUUACCAGCCCCAGGACCCUCUUUCCAACCACCACAGCAACCCCGUCCUGCACCGACACCCUGCUUCAGCCCCAGAGCAGCCCCCUCAGCCUGCCACCCUGCCCCCUUCCUACAUGGGAUGCCCCAACCCUCUGGCCAUGUAUUACACCCAGCACUGCAGUCCCAGCCACCCCAAGCGACACCCUGGCGGGGCAGGGCAGCUCUCCCCCCCUCCAGACUCUCACCCUCACUCAGCAGACAGUGUGGAGCAGAUGCACCAUUCUGAGCUGCUGGCCGAGGUGGACCGCAGCGAGUUCGAGCAGUAUUUGAGUUCCUCUUCAGCGCGCGCGGACAUGACAGGCUUGCCAUAUGGGCCACAUGAGGUUGGCAUGCAAGGACCUGAAAGCCUCAUAUCAUCAGUGCUGUCAGACGCCAGCACAGCUGUGUAUUACUGUAGCUACAACAACUCCUAACCUCCUGCCUGGCCUGUUACCCUGCUGCAAGGACACAUGAUCUGACCUCAAAUCUCUGCAGCUAAAUUUGAAAAUAAAAAAAAGAUUUUUUGUUUGUUUGUUUGUUUGUUUUUAAAUUGUUUUUCAUUACUAGUACAGAAGGUCCAUGAGAUUUUGAAAUGAAGCUUUUGAGAAGACUGUUGUACUGUAUUUGUAUAAGAAUACUUUAACAUGAACACUGGUUUUAACUUUUUUUUAUUACACCCUUCUUUUUGUGAUAAUAAAUAUUGUACAGUCACUAUUUUAAAGUUUAUGUAUAUACUUAAGGUGUUUUUUUAUAUACUUUUUUGCACUUUUGAGAAAAUAAAUUUUUGCAA